CUAGAAGAUUCCUUCCGCACCCUGCACUCCUCCAGUAAAGCCUUUCGGGUGUUACAGCGUCUUUUGGAGAAUCACCCACGCAAGGAAAUUGCUCAGCUAUUUGAGGAGCGCUACACUGACAUCCUCGAUCGCUACGAUAAAGAACUGCGUCUAAUUGAAACGACCUUCACUGAGGGCUCGCGAGACUCUGGCCACUUUGCCGCUGUUCUGGGUCCCCACUAUCUCCCUCCAGUGUCUUCAGCCAUUUAUUGGGUUCGAAACCUUCAAGUUCGUAUCACCUCACCGAUGUUGAAGAUGUUAAAUAUUAGACGUCUCAUGGAAAGUGACCGGGGGAAAGAAGUGCAGGACCACUACCUCUGCCUUGUUAAGCGUAUGACAUGUUUCGAAGAGGGUCUAUUUAACGGUAAGUUCAACUUUGAAGUGGAUUUCGGCAAUGAAUUGGUACAAAUAAUGGAAGAAACAAAGUUCCUUCAAUUGCUUGGUUUUCCUGUUCCUGAUAUGGCCUGCUGUGUCGCCUUGAGAGAGAAGGAACUCCUUCGCCAACGGAACGAGCUAAGCGAUUUGGCAGAAGUGGUGCGCACCACACUGGGUCACCUGUCCAUGGUGGAGGUGGCCACAUUGGAAGAUCACAUUGUGAAAUUGCGAGCCACUUUGGCUCCAGCCUGGAAGCAAUUGAACUGGACCAGUCUCAUCAUUGACUCUUACUUGACCAAGGCAAACGAAACCUUUGAUCACUUCUGUAGUGUUUACCUCCAACAAAUGGCAGAUGCACGAAUGCGAGACUUCGAGGAGCUUGCAAGAAAGCAUACCGAAAUAAGCACUCUCCUUUUGAAUCUGGAGAGGACUAUAACUGACAAGGCGGCUACUGGGAGAGAGCCAAAGAUGGUCUACUUAUAUGAGUACUGGGAACGGCGCUGCUUCGACACUGUUCAUCAGAUGCUGGCUGAAAAUCUGAGGAGGUACCUUGAUACCCUUCAAUUUCCAACCCAAACCCUGUUUGGAGUGGAUUUAAUGCUCUCCGGUUGUGAGGUUGUGAGCUCUCCACAGCCCACGGAAUUCUACCAACACCUAAUUCAGACAUACAAUCCCUUACCUAGUCGGCCAACAGAUUUCUUCAGAUUAAGUGAUCAUCGUCUACAAGAAGAAGAGAUGGACACUUAG